CUUCGCCGCCGCCGGCCGGAAGCGGGGUUGGAACGGCUCCGUGUGUUUCCGGCGGGAGCAGAGGGGUCGCUGUCUCCUUCGGUGAGGUUCCGGUCAGUCCUCGUCCGGGAAGAUGUUCUACCACAUCUCCUUGGAGCAUGAGAUCCUGCUGCACCCGCGCUACUUCGGCCCCAAUCUGCUCAACACGGUGAAGCAGAAGCUCUUCACCGAGGUGGAGGGGACUUGCACGGGGAAGUAUGGCUUUGUAAUUGCCGUGACUACUAUUGACAAUAUCGGGGCUGGUGUGAUCCAGCCAGGCCGAGGCUUUGUCCUUUACCCAGUUAAGUACAAGGCCAUUGUUUUCCGGCCCUUUAAAGGGGAAGUCGUCGAUGCCGUUGUCACGCAGGUCAACAAGGUUGGACUCUUCACAGAAAUUGGGCCCAUGUCCUGCUUCAUCUCUCGACAUUCCAUCCCAUCAGAGAUGGAGUUUGAUCCUAACUCCAACCCACCAUGUUAUAAGACAAUGGAUGAGGACAUUGUGAUCCAGCAGGAUGAUGAGAUCCGCCUAAAGAUUGUGGGGACCCGUGUGGACAAGAAUGACAUUUUUGCUAUUGGCUCCUUGAUGGACGAUUACCUGGGGCUCGUCAGCUGAGCAUGGGGACUUCCUACGUUAUUGGUUCUGAUCUAGGAUGUGUGACUGUCACACUUCCUGUAUUGUCCAGAAGCCUAGUCUGGCUGCUGUGUGAGGGACAGAGGGGGUUCCUUGUCCCCAGAAGACAUCUGGCUCUUCUUCUGGCUUAGCUGCCACCCUCAGAAUUCUGACUGUGUGUUCUAACCAUAAACGGUCUUCGGUUCUCACA